AUGGGGAAAGGAAGAAGUAGUUCGAGUGAUGGCAAAAUUGAGGUUGGAAGGACUGAACAAGUUAUUGAUUUGGUCGGUUGGGUGAUGGUUAACGAUUUGAAGAAGAUAUCGGGGAAGCAAAAGAUUGCCUACCUUCCAUACAAGUUUGCGGUGACCGUAUUAGAUAAAUAUAAUAAGGAAGAGAUAUUUGUAAAUGCAUGUGGGCAGCUGAAGGUCGCAUUGAAUGUUCAUGUCGCUUCUUCCCUCUUUUUCUCUUUUUUCAUUUUUCCCUCUCUCCAAAACAUUUUCUUCUCCAAAAAGAUCGUUAUGUUCUCUAAAUCCUAUUGCCCGUAUUGCCUUCGUGCCAUGCAGAUUUUUAGUGAGCUAAAUGAGAAACCUUAUGUUGUAGAGCUUGAUCUCCGAGACGAUAGAGGUAAAAUCCAAUAUGUCCUUCUGGAUUUGAUAGGUCGAAGCACUGUUCCACAAGUGUUUGUGAAUGGCAAGCAUAUUGAAGGCUCUGAUGAUCUCAGAGUUGCGGUCGAUGAUGGUACACUGCAAAGGUUUCUAGCUGCAAGUUGA